AUGCUUUGCCCAUGCCCAUGCCAUCGCAUGCCAAAAUGCCCGUCCCCAAAAAAACGUGGCUUCCGCGCUUAUCUCACCUCAACUCCCAAGCAAACUAGACAAGACCCUCGCCACAGCCUCAAAACCAGUCAUCCAAUCUACACCCGCCCUGCAUCAAUGCACACCAAGUCGACCUUGUUCUCUGCCCGUUGCUUCGACGCCCCGACCACCGAGGUCCACGGCCCACGAUCCACGGUGAAUGACGCACAGCCACAAAAAACCCAAGCGACCCAGACGCUGAACCGAACGCCUUGCUUGGAAACACGGACAAGGACUCACACGUCUGGUCUUUCGUAA